UAUUCUUCCCGUACUUUUGUAGGAAAAUGGAAAUCGCCGCUCCUCCCACCUCCAAGUGCAUCAUCUACUGGAAGAGAAAAGUCAAGUCCGAGUACAUGCGCCUGCGGCAGCUGAAACGCUUCCAGGCCAACAUGGGGGCCAAGGCUCUGUUUGUGGCCAACUUUGCCAAGGUUCAUGAAAAGACACAGAUUCUGAACGAGGACUGGAAGAAGCUGCGGGUGCAGCCGGUGCAGCUGAUGAAGCCGGUCAGCGGGCACCCCUUCCUCAAGCAGUGUACUGUGGAGAGCAUUUUCCCGGGAUUUCCGAGCCAGACGCUGUACAUGAGGACCCUGAACACGGUGGCACUGGUGCCCAUCAUGUACUCCUGGUCCCCGCUUCAGCAGAAUUUCAUGGUGGAGGAUGAAACUGUUCUGUGCAAUAUCCCUUACAUGGGAGACGAGGUGAAGGAGGAAGAUGAAACUUUCAUUGAAGAACUCAUUAAUAACUACGACGGGAAGGUCCACGGGGAGGAAGAAAUGAUUUCAGGGUCAGUCCUCAUCAGCGACGCUGUCUUCCUGGAGCUGGUGAACGCCCUGAACCAGUACUCAGACGAGGAAGAGGAAGGACACAAUGAUGCUGAGGUUAAACAGGAGGAUGGGAAAGAGGAGCUGCCGGUCACCAGGAAAAGAAAGCGAAUUGCGGUGGAAGGUAGCAAGAAGUGUUCCAAGAAGCGGUUUCCAAAUGACAUGAUAUUCACGGCUAUUUCUUCCAUGUUCCCUGAAUACGGCUUCCCGGAUGACAUGAAAGAGAGGUACCGGGAGCUGACGGAGGUGUCGGACCCCAACGUGCUGCCGCCGCAGUGCACCCCCAACAUCGACGGGCCCUGCGCCAAGUCGGUGCAGCGGGAGCAGUCCCUGCACUCCUUCCACACCCUCUUCUGCCGCCGGUGCUUCAAAUACGACUGCUUUCUGCAUCCCUUUCAUGCUACUCCUAAUGUGUACAAACGAAAGAAUAGAGAGACCAAGAUCGAGCCAGACCCUUGUGGAGCAGACUGUUUCCUCUGGCUGGAAGGAGCCAAGGAGUUUGCUGCCCUGCACAACCCCAGGUCCAAGUGCUCGGGCCGGCGCCGCCGGCGGCACCACAUGGUGGGCGCUUCCUGCUCAAACACCCCGGCCUCCUCCGCCGUCACCGAGACCCGGGAGGGCGACAGCGACCGAGACACGGGCAACGAGUGGGCCUCCAGCUCCUCGGAGGCCAACUCCCGCUGCCAGACCCCCACCAAGCAGAAGCUGAGCCCGGCCUCCUCCCAGCUCUUUGCCGUGGAGACGCCGCAGGAGCCCGUCGAGUGGACGGGAGCCGAGGAGUCGCUCUUCCGUGUCUUCCACGGGACGUACUUCAACAACUUCUGCUCCAUUGCCAGGCUGCUGGGAACCAAGACCUGCAAGCAGGUCUUCCAGUUCGCAGUGAAAGAAUCGCUUAUAACGAAACUGCCAACGAACGAAUUAAUGAAUCCAUCCCAGAAGAAGAAAAGGAAGCACAGGCUCUGGGCUGCCCACUGCAGGAAGAUCCAGCUGAAGAAAGAUAAUUCGCCCACCCAGGUGUACAACUACCAGCCCUGCGACCACCCCGAGCACCCCUGCGACAGCUCCUGCCCCUGCAUCAUGACUCAGAACUUCUGUGAGAAAUUCUGCCAGUGCAACCCUGACUGUCAGAACCGCUUCCCGGGCUGUCGCUGCAAGACCCAGUGCAACACCAAGCAGUGCCCGUGCUACCUGGCCGUGCGGGAGUGUGACCCCGACCUCUGCCUGACCUGUGGUGCCUCCGAGCACUGGGACUGCAAGGUGGUCUCCUGCAAGAACUGCAGCAUCCAGCGUGGCCUCAAAAAGCAUUUGUUGCUGGCACCGUCGGAUGUUGCCGGCUGGGGGACUUUCAUCAAGGAGUCUGUGCAGAAGAACGAGUUCAUCUCCGAGUACUGUGGCGAGCUCAUCUCGCAGGACGAGGCUGACCGUCGAGGGAAGGUCUAUGACAAGUACAUGUCCAGCUUCCUCUUCAACCUCAACAACGAUUUUGUUGUUGACGCCACCCGCAAAGGAAAUAAAAUCCGCUUUGCUAAUCACUCGGUGAACCCCAAUUGCUACGCCAAAGUUGUGAUGGUGAACGGAGACCACCGGAUAGGGAUCUUCGCCAAGAGGGCCAUCCAGGCGGGAGAGGAGCUCUUCUUCGACUACAGGUACAGCCAGGCAGACGCCCUGAAGUACGUGGGCAUAGAGAGGGAGACGGAUGUCAUCUAGGCUGCGCGGGGCAUCCCUGGCACACCUUCUGCUGCACCUCGUGAGCGAUGCCAUGUUUGCUUCACGCUGACAUGACUGCUGCUGUCCCCGCUGCUGCCUGUGUCGCAAGCGCUGCUUCCCAUCCAGACUCCCGGAGGGACUCGGGGCAGGAGUGAGUGGCUGCUGCCCAGGGGGGGCAGCUUGGCCAGCCCCCGGCCGGGGCAGGCUCGGGACCAGCUCUGAGGCUGGAGGAGGAGCCCCAUGGACCAAGGCGGCUGGGGCUUGGAGGAGAGCUGUGAUGCAGGAGGAGGGACAGCCACGAAUUUUGAGUCUCUCCGUUUCCUGCCAAGGGCUGGAAGAACAAGAGCGAGCGAGGUACCGCCCGCACCGAGAGCCGGGGCACGGCAGGGGGGCAGAGGGGCUGGUGGUCCCCUGUCCCCAGGGAUAGGCUCCCAUCUCGGGUGCUGCUGCCUCUUGCUGCCUGUUGUGUCCUGUUGAGGACAGUGACAGGGUUGGAAGCCAUAGAGAAGUGGCCGCAGCGGUGACCAGGCCCCAAACUGCUGUCGCUGAGGCUCUGUUUCCCCUCCGCCCCCGCUGGCGGGGGGACAGGGACCACCUGGCCAUGGCUGGCACGGCACGAUGCCCGGGGUGGGCAGAGCAGCACUAUGCAAAAACGUCACUUUGGGUAGGGACACCACUGAGCUGGGUGGGGACAAUGUUAUGGGGGGGUGCUGCUGCCAGCACGAGUCCAGAGGCAGCAGGAACUGUGAGCCCUUUCCAGCCUGUGGCGUUCUCUUGUGGCUGGGGGGACUUCUGCCCAUCCGCAGCUGCCUGGCACAUCUGGGACUGGUGUGUGGAUGCUUCUGUGGGGCAGCUUUGGGGCUGCAGGAGGGGGGCCCCGCUGACUGGCUGGGGCUGCACCCAGAGGGGGAGAUGGGGCUCAGCCACCCUCGCUCCAGGCAGGGGCUUCCUGACCGUGUGGCUUCCUGGAGCUGGUUCCUCCACCCUCCCCUCAGCACAGUCCCCGUGGGAGCAGCAGGGUCUCUGGGGGGGAUUCGGGCACUGAGGGAGCCAGCAGAGUGGGUCCCCUCAGCGGGGAGAGCCUUUUGGGGUACAGGACUCAUUGGAUGUUGCUGUGCUGAGGUUUGGGGGGCUCCUUAGAAACCUGCCGAGGGGUUUCUGACGCUGGUCCUGGCGAUAAAGGGGAAAUGUUCUCUGGCAGGGGGAGGUUUGGCUUUAGCACCCCAUGCAAAAAGAAAAGGAAAAAAGCACUUUAAACUGUUUCUUCUCAGCCAGCAGCUGGGCCCGGGUCCCGCUCUGGGGGUGAGGGCACCACAGAUGGACACCGUCCCCCAGCAGCACCUUGGCAGGGACGUUGUGCCUUGGCUGGGACGGGACAGUCGGGAUGGGGGGGUCCUCUCUGAGCAGGGCCUGGGGUGGCCCGAAGGACAUGGCUGUCCCCUGGGCCAGGGUCGCUGCAGCUGAGGGUCCGUCCCGGUGCUGGGUGCCGGAGGGUGCCCAGGAUGGCAUGAGGAGCCCUGGGGGGCCAAAGCCCCUCACCCCCCUUGGGGACAGUGGGCAGUGUUUGUCUGGGGACACCGCUCAGAGGGGAGCAGCGCUGGGCCCUUGGGGUUUGGGGGCUCGUCCCAGUGCGUGCUCCAGGAACACAGAGAGCUCCAUGCCUUGCCUGCCAUGGUGGGAGGCUGGGAAAGGCUGUCCAUCCUUCUGUUUGUCCUUCCUGCUGUCCGUGACACCUCCCGGGGCU